AUGAUUACUGUUUACAUACAUUUACAUACUGUAGACAAAGUCUCGCACUCGCUGGCCCAUUGCGUGGGCGCUGACUUGGCCGUGGGCGCAGGCAUAGCUGUGAAGUUCAAGGAGGUCUACGGCAAGGUCGAUGAGCUGCGUGCCCAGAAGGCGGCCAGCGGUGAUGUGGCUGUGCUCAAGGAUAAUGAUCGCUACAUUUACUAUCUGGUGACGAAGCCACAAAGCUGGGGAAAACCAACAUACGAGUCGCUGCAGUCAUCUCUGGAGCAGAUGCGCGAACACAUGGUGAGUGGCUUGCGCUAACUUUUAGAUCAAUUC